CAUUCGAUCGCGCCCGCUAUAGCGAGUCGCACGCGCACCGUUCGCGUCUAAUUUCCACGCUCGUGUUUUGUUUUUGUGGAAAAACUCGACACUUUUGUUUUCACAACAGUUGUAAAGUUUUCCCUCGGCGACAGUCUUUUGUUUUGAAGUAGUGUUCUUCAAAAUGGUGCGCAGUGUAAAAGUGUGGUUUGGUGCGAGGCGCAGCAAAGUGGUGCCAGAGCCGGCGGUGUAUAGUGUGCCUAUUGAUAUGUCUUCGACCUCUACGUUGGAUGUGGCCAAUUUGGAUGUGGUUACCGUCCCCCCGGCCCCCGCGGAGAUGCAGGCACGGCACAGCUACUGGUGGCAUCUGCUCAUAGACCUGCCCAUACUGCUGCUUGUGGUGGCAGUAUGCACCCUUCUGGAAGUAGGCGCGAUCCCGAGCCGGCGGAGCGGCUUCAUAUGCAACGAUCCUGCUCUCUCUUUUCCGCACGUGGGGGACACGUUCUCCCUCUCACUCGUCGCAGCUGUCACUGUCAUUGUGCCUUUUAUUAUUCUAUGGGCAGUAGAAACCUCUCUACACCGAGACGACGAGUACUCGCUCAAGAAGAGCAGACUAUCCACCAGCGCGAAAACCGCCGCCCUAAUCUACAAGGACUACAUAUACGGCGCCGUGUUCAAUCUGAUCAUAUUAGAGGUGAUCAAGUGCGUGGUCGGGUCUCCCCGGCCGACGUUCUUCGAGUUGUGCAAGCCGGAUAAAUUGGAGACUUGUGAGGGGUCGACAUACGUGACCCAAUAUACGUGCACGUCUGACUACUCCCAGUACCUGCGAAUCGACGCUAUCCGAAGUUUCCCGUCCGGACACGCUUCUCUCUCUGUCUACUGCGGACUCUUUCUAGCGUGGUACCUCCAGCGGCGUGCGUUCAGCUGGCACAGUCGCUCCGUGCUGAUCGUGCCACUGGUACAGGCUGUGUGCCUGGGGUACGCCGCGGUGUGCUCUUUGUCAAGGGUAUCGGACCACAGGCAUCAUUGGUAUGAUGUGCUAGCGGGCGCCAGUAUGGGGAUGCUCAGCGCUUUGUACACGGUACUAGUACUUUGCAAAAACUUCUCUCAACCAACCGUCGUGAGCACCAGCGACAUUUCCAGCAGCGACGGGACCCACCACAACCCUGACACCAAGCUCCUGCCUAAUCGGGUCAUGAUGCCCUAGCCCCAGGCUGUGUAAGCGUGCCAAACGUG